AUGGAAGGCAAUACGCCACACAACCAGUCUGGGAGAAAUUAUCUCUUCGUUGUCAAAAAUGCCGAGAAUAUCAAAGGGCGGGACAAAGAUGAAGCAUUCGCCAUUAAUUCACACGUCGCUACUCACAAAGAACAGGAGAAGCGACGAAGGGCAAAGGCGCUAAAGAAUCAGACUCUCCUCGACAAGUCUUGGUCGCAUGCCACUCAAAGAAGUGGCAAUUCUUCAACAACUACUCCAGACUCGGUGGAGAGCGCAGAAGCCGUGCCCAAGGGAGAUGAUGAGGGCAGGCGCAGCCAGACGCCGCAUAUACUGAAAUGGAAAGUAGAUUCAACGAGUGCCAGACGGAGACCAGCAGAGAUUCAACGUCUUCCACCGCCUGCCAAUCAUUCUCAACGGUCUCCAAGAUAUUCAAGAUCCGCUGAGGCCGAAUAUGGCACCCUAUUGCGUGCAGACGCUGUACAAUCACAGGAGUCUGACAGAAUACGCAGUGUUUACCCCCACCCGCUCACAUUGCUGGGCAAUGGCGGCUCCGACCCAUUCGCAGCUGCAGCCCUACCGAUAAAUGCUCUCAACAACCAUCUGAUCCAAUUCUGGGAGCUUCGCUUUAUACGGUCGCUGUGGCCAUCUGGAACAAGCGCCGCAGCAGCGAAGACGGCAAGAUCAGCAUGGGUGGAAGAGCUUCAAGGAGCAAUUGCAAGCCGCGCGCAGCUUCAUGCUAUGUUUGCAGGUGCCUCUAUUUAUGUCUCGCGUACAAUGCAACAGUCACCGCUGAAGAAGAAGAUGCUUUCUGCCGCCUUGGAACACAAAAUUGCCUGCAUUUCAUUGCUCAAGGGCCUUGUCAAUGCACGCGCUCUAGAAAUCAACACAAUAAAGGGUGCUUACCUGGCUGCAAUGAUGCAUUUCUUUGCCGGAGAAUUCCUCGAAAGUCGUACGCAUUUUGAAGCUGUUCGGCUUAUGGUCGCUGAAGCGGGCGGACUAGGUCAACUUCCGUGGACGCUGGUAUUGCGCAUCGUUGUCAUGGACAACAUGAGCGCUCAUCUCUUCCUACGGCCGCCUAAAUUUGCAAUAUGGGAAUGGGAUCCUGGGCCCUGGAACCAGCAAUCCUUUGCACAUUCCCGGCGAGUGCUUGAUAUUGCUAGAUCACAGUGCCGAAAUGUACCGCUCCUCAAAAGUGAAGAAACCUUCCACAAAAAGCUCGAUGCUGCCCUCAGACACUACCUGGCAAGCCACCGAGAGAUCCUCUUCAGCAGAAAUAUUGCUCAUGCACUAGCUCCUAAUGACGGUGGUGGCAAUGAUAUUGUUACACCGGAUGCUGAAACUGCUGACGAAAUUCAGUCAUGGGCUCACGCGCGUCGUUAUGUGGUUUCUGCGUUUUGCAUGGUCAUGUACCACGAUAUCGUGGACAGAUAUUCCAGGUAUACCAACAUGUCCGCACGCAGGAGACUAGAAUGCGAGCUUGAGAAAACGCUUUGUCUUGCUGUUGAGUACUGUCAGAGGAUCAUCUUCCUCUUCACCUGGGAACAAAUUGCAAUCUAUGUCCCGUUCCAUCAUCUACGUGCUGGACUGAGCCGGGUGUUAGAAUAUGUCUCUGAGCUUGGUGAUGGCCUGGAAGAACACGGGCAGGUCUUAUUGUAUUUGUUUUUCGUUGGAGCCGUGGCCGAAGAGCUCGGCGAUGUUUUCUUUGCGGACGAAAACAGGAACAGGGGCUUGUCGGAAUUGUGGUUUUCAAGGCAUAUGGCUGCUCUUGGAGAGAAGAUUGGAGUCUCCGGGUUCGAGGAUUCCAAGCGUGUCUUCCAGCUGUUCCUCUACGAUGCACCUGUGCUAGACCCUGUGCUCGAAACACUACUUGCGAAGCGGGAUAUAUUCCUUCGGGAUGCGCCGGAUUCGCCGCUAUGA